AUGCAGCCAGAUUCAGAGGAACAGCUACCUGAAGAAGAUUUACAAAGUCAGCCAUCUCCCACUCCGGUACAAACCAAUGAAAUUCAUGUUCCGAUAAAAACAACAAAACAAAAAUUUUCGAAAACUUCGGUUUCUCAGCCAACCGCUUCUGCAAGAUUAAUGGACUAUUUAAUAAGUAAAAAAAAAGAAGAAAGUCAAAUUUCCACAUGUUCGCAACAUCCAGUCGAUGCGUUUUUAACUGGUAUAGCUCCAUCUCUAAAAACAUUUUCUUCAUACAAUUUGAACUUGGCAAAGUCAGAAAUUUUUGCUAUUGUUCAAAAAUAUGAACUACAACAAAUAUUAAGUACAAAUUCAUCAACUACAUUAUCAACGACAUCAGUCACGCCACUACCAUCGCCCUGUGAAGAUUUUAACGAACCCAUUCCACCAGAUCAAAAUAUAACUUCAGCAUCAUUCCACAACUUACAAAAUUAUUAUCAAAAUUAUCAAUCUGAUGAGAAUACUUAA